AUGUUGACUAUGAUUGAGCACACGGAGAUUGUUUUGAAAGCGCCACCUGAUUCAACGAACAAUGAUUUAGCGAAUAACAGCCGGGAUGGCAGUGACAAUGACUCUGUCUGUGCUUUGCACUCGAGCCACUCCGUGUCGACGUCGCCAUCAGUUUCAAAAACUCGCAGUUUUCGUGAUCCUUACCUCCCGGAGGACGACGGCAGCAUUCUGACGCCGGAACACGCCUUCGUUCAAUAUCAAACACGUUCUGAAGACCAGUCGUGUCAAAUUUGCGGACAACCAGCUGUCGGCUUUCACCAUCGAGCCUACGUAUGCGAGGCUUGCAAGAAAUUCUUCAUGCGCCAUACAGCUGCACGGUUCCGUCAGUCUGAAUCCGGUGGAGGCAAUCCCCUGGAUGCAAUUUGCCCCAUGGGUGGACAAUGUCGUGUUGAGGGUCCCGGGCGUGGAAAGUGUCCGCAUUGUCGCUAUCGUAAAUGCCUUGAUCUGGGAAUGACUUUGACGCCACCUGGUGGCGAAUCUGGUUGUGAUAUCUCUCAAAUACCCUGUCGCGUGUGCGGUGGCCCAUCUUCCGGCUUCCAUUUUGGGGCCCUGACUUGUGAGGGCUGCAAGGGCUUCUUUCGCCGCACCGUGCUCUCCAACGUUCGUCUCGAGUGUCUCAGCAACAAUGACUGCCCAAUCACGCCAGCAAAUAGGAACAUGUGCAAAAGCUGUCGCUUUCGGCGUUGUCUCGCAGUCGGUAUGUCCAAAUCGGGUAGUCGCAUUGGCCGUCAACCGAACGCUAUCAAAUAUUACUGUGCGCGUGAAAUUUCCCAGCUCGCUGGCUCCACACAUGAUCUCGAUAGCACACAGUUGAGUUGUGCUGCCUCUUCGGUAUCGAGUAGUCGAUCUGCAGGACCGGAUGCUGCCAGACACAGUGUCUCCACGAUUCCAUCAGUUGGCGAAAAGUGUUCAUCGCCUGCGGCCACAUUUACCCCUUCUUGGGCUGCUUCUGGAUCGAUGGAUAGGUCUGUUCAACCAGCCCAAUCGUCAUCUGAUCCAUCAUCUGGCUUCACCCAUUUGUACGGUCGCAACGGCCAGUUUUCUACCCUGAGCCGUACUUCUUCGAAAUCCGCUCACCUUGGUAAUACCGAUUCAGUUCGACUACAAGCGAGUAGUUUUGCUCAGAGUUCGGUGCGGUGCUCCUCUUUGGACCCUGACCUGUAUCCCCCAGAUAACGGUCCGGAAUCAGUGAGCUCAAAGAAACGCAGGCCCGCUGAUCACUGCACCGGGAGUCACACGGAUGAGUCCACCAUGGACACUAUUUCUCCCCAUUGUGACUCGGAUGGUGGUCGCAACAAAUAUAGCCCAUCCUCCUGUUUAUCAUUUGGCGAACCGGAUAGUCAAAACCGGGGACUGAACAAUUGUCCAGGACCACGAGGGUGGACAACCGUGGGAAACUCACAAGACCGUAAUGGUCGACCCCACAACACUCCAACGCAUUCAGUAUCGCACAGAUCAACACCGUUGGAAUAUUCGUUACCGAAUCCGGAUAUCACCAACCAAAUAUCGUCCACGACUCCCAUCCACGAUCGGCGCUCCUCCGUCUCUUCCGGAUCUGCAGAAGAUAUACUCAUCAAUUCAUCAGGACAGCUAUUAGCCCCACUGUCUCUCUACCUCCCCAUGGACGAGUCUUGUCCAGAAAAUGCUCGAUUUCAGUUUAAAUUGUUUUCCUGCUCUGGAGACGCAGUUCAGCAGCGGAAGGAGCCCCCAUCUUCCACUUACGCCUUCUACCCUACAUCUGUUAAGGAGCAGGCCACUCUGCACCAUUUUAGACAGCCUUGUCGCACUCAGUUGGACCCAGAUGCGUCACCUCGCCAGCUCUCCCCCAUGCCUUCCACAGUUUUAUCUGCAUCUCCUGUUCCUCAGGGCCCGGGGCCAGGUUUCAAUGACACUGAUUUCAUACUGUCAGAUACAGCCUCCCCCUCCCGCACCACUCGGAGCAUAGUAGAUCAACUUACCUCCACUGUCCUCCAAUUUCGCAACCAUCAACAGCAGCAGCGGAUGAUGAAUUCCGUUUUAACUGCGGAUUUAACGUGUGAUUCCUCUCUGUCAUCCACCGAUGCUCCCGAUCCUUCCUGCGCUGUGAUGAGAGCCACGUGUUCAUCGCCGCCUGAAAUACGUCAACCCAGAGGUCAACCGUUUUCUCGCUCUCAUCGAUCCUCGUUACAUUCCGACACAAUGUCACUGUCUUCGACUCCUCCUGCACGUACUCCUACUCAAUCUGGCCUCUCGUCCUAUCCAAUAUCACCAUCCUGCAAGUCGACAUCACCUGAGUUGUCAUGGGACGCAAAGACUCAACAACAUCUUUAUCAACAGCAACAGCGCUUUAUAAAAUCAAACAAUCGCUGCUCUUCAAACGAGUCAAACUUCCUCUCUUCGGUAAAUAAGUAUGAUCUCAUUUCUAUGAAUGGGAAUAAUAGUUCGACCGUUGAUCCCAACAUAUGCCAAGUAGUUGGCUCUCCCUCGACUUCGUCGGCAUCGUGGUUCGCUGCUGCAGCCGCCGCAGCUGCAGUUGCCAACGCACUAAUGGCUGCCACCCAAACAGCGCCUAAUCAAAAUCCCACUCCCGGUGGUUGUGGUGAUGUAUACACAGUGUUGUCCAAAUCGAGGGGCCAUGAACGAUUGUCUUCCAGAGACAACGAUCUUCAAUGCUCUUCUUCCGAAAGAUUUCGGAUUGUGCACUCAACGAAUUCAAGUUUAACUAAGCGUUCAAAAGUGGGCUCUUCAGAUGCCGUGCAUGACUCCCCGGCUACCACCAUCGGGCAAGGUUUGGGCACAAUGUACGGACUGAAGUUGGGAAGAUGCACCGCUCCCAGCGGCAGCGCUGUUCUUCGCUCCCUCAAUUUACCUACUUCGGGUGUGGACCUAUUACCCUCAUCAUCAGCUCCCAAUCUAGCAGCCGCGGCUGUAGCUGCUGCAGCUGCUGCUGCCACCGCGGCUGGAAUAGUUCUGUCUGGUAGUCGUGUAUGCACCAGAAUACCCCCAGAGGAUUUCUCUCAUCUCCGCCGUUCUCCAGACGCCGUGUUCCCAUCCUACUCUGAUUCUCCCAUCACCUCAUCCCCUUCCCCGCCAUGUAGCUCUAACUCGCAGACACAUCCAACCACCACAGAUUCCUUGUGUGUGGAUCGCACUGGUCAUCUCUUCCCAAGUUAUCUCCCUGGAACUUGUGACGCAAUCCGUCGUCCAUUGGGUUCAGUUGAACCGACUCCAUCGGUUAAUCUCCAUGUGACUUGUAAGGAAGUCAAUGCCAGGAUUCGUCCAAGAAAUGGGAUGCGAGCUACCUUUGUUUCAUUGCAAGCGUUUGCGGACGGUAUCAAUGUCGCAGCAAAAUACAUGAUUUCUGAGCGCAAGAAAAUCCGCAAUAAUCUUCCACAAACCUGUCGACCGAUGCAUUUGCUGGUGCGCGUGGAGGAGGUCUGGGACCGGAUGAUGCAACACUUUGAGUUGCAUUCGAAGUUCAUUGUGCACUUCGUUAAGCUGAUUCCAGGUUUCAACCAGUUGGAACUUGGUGACAAGCGCCAGCUCGUUCGAGGUGCCAUGUAUCCACUGAUGCUGUUGGAGCUCAGUCGGGAUUACGUGAAUAGCGAUGGCUCACAGUAUAACUAUUUUGACUUUACCGAAUCGGAGCGGGAAGUUAUUCUAAAGCAUUUCCCUACGUUUCACACAAUCACAGGCCAUCUGAUUCGAUCAGGGAAAUUUCUAGACCAAGUUGGAUUGGAUAAUAUUGAGUUAACCUUAGUAUGUGCCCAAGAAGUGUUCAAAAAUUAUCAGGGGCUACUCGAUCCUCAGGCAACUGAACAUCUCUAUCAUUUAGCUGGACGUGUGCUGACAGAUCACAUAGUUGGUAGUGGGCAACCGUUAGAGGAGCGUUCGACUCUCCUGCGUCGCCUGUCCCCGCUGUUGGAGCAGUGGAACAUGGAACACCACGAAGUGAUUGCCCAACUGCGACAGGACAAACCUCAACUGGAUUUUCCGGAGUUGUACACAGAAAUGUUUCAAUUGACCGAAGCCGAGGAACGUGAACAAAUCAUGACAGGGCUACGUUCGAGUGAAGGCAACAGUUGAGAUUAUAUACCAUUUUUCGUAUCCCACUCCUCUAUACUAUUCGCAAUCCUCUACUGACUGCUGUGUCAUGUGCUCAAUCCCGGUGUCCUGGUUAGCCCACUUGUGCUGGUCAACUGAUGAAGAUGGAUGCUACGAUCUAUUGGCUCCACUAUUUAGUGUCUCGUUCGAUCUCAGGUGUAUCAUGGGGAGUUCCCAUUCGUCCAAACUGCAGACUAACUUGCCCCACCUGUUCUUACUUGACCUUAUUCCCCGGCCUCGCUUAAUCAUCUAGUCGUUUUUCUCGCGUCAAUGUGUAUGGUUGCGCGUCUCCUCUUCUCAGGUGAACCUACUUUCACUUUGCUCAUGAGCGUAUUAACGUUGCUCUUACCCCACUAUUUAUCACUGUUAACUUUCCCUCUGCCACUUCCACGUAUUUUACCACCGGGUCACUCGCUAUCUUGCUCCUUUGCUCUCGACCGGUACGCACCGUGUUCGUUUUGUUUGUCAUUUAACACGGUCAUUCUGCCCCUGCAGAUUAUCAGUUCCUAGCGUAAUAGGCCUUGAUAAUGUGCCAUCCCGCGUCGUUUACAAUUUUAUCACUGGCUUUACUUUCUCCUUCUUUCCGUAACGACGGUGAUCAGCUUGUGCAUGUGGAUGAAUUCCCCAUCAUGAUGCUGUUCAAGGAUUACUUGCCUCCCCUGACUACCGCGUGAUAUACAUCUUUUGCGCCAUCCUUUUCGUUCCCCAGUGAUCCUGACCUAGCGUAUUCAAACAGAGUCCGAUCGGACUGCUCAUCCUUUUGAAAGGCUGUCAUCGCCCUCUGUCCAUUUUCCCUUCAUAUAUGGCCUUAUCUUUGCAGUUACACACUACUCUGGUAUUUUCCUAUUUUCUUUUUCUCGCUGCUAAGCUUCGACUUUCUCCUAACCAAAACCUUACCCUUCCAUCAUUUCGCAGCGUAAGUUCGCAGAUACAUUGCACUUAAGCUCAUACGGCUGCCAGUUGAUAAAUGGAGCACGCAAAUAGUCAGCUAGGACACUAAUACCCAAAUAGUUUCGCCGUAUGACGACCCAUGUACCACCAUCUUUUGUGUUUUUGUUUUGCCUCCUUUGUGCAUCUGUUCCCCACUUAUACCUCGUUUUACGCACCUCCCAGUUUCAAUUUGUUGUUUUUACUCCGGUUUUUAUUGCUCUGAGGGACUUUUUUGAAGAUAAGUACCUUUGGUUUUUAUAAAACAACAGUGCCGCGAUUUUUCAACAUUUCCGUCGACGCAAUCAAUAAGUUGUGUCAUUGCUUCGUCGCUCGAUUGCGGUGGAGUCCCUCCAGCUGUUUUGUGAGUGCUAGCCUCACAUGCUUCAGAGCCAUACUCAAGAGUGCGCGUGUCUCCAUUCACUAGCAUUCUUUCCCUCAAACUUGAAUCCCCGUUUUUCUUUGUUGUGAAAUCAGUGCCCAAAGCGCCACGAAAAUGCAUGCAUGCCUUUUCUGUCUGUUUUUCUUUUUUGUGAAUGCUCGAUCUCUCAUCAUCAAUGAUCGCGACUGCUUCUCCCCAGUUUCUGAUUUCCCUUAUGCUGUUAUCAGGAGUUUUUCUCAGGAGAUUUUACCCAUACAGUAGUGAUUCUCUCACUCUCGCACCGGCAUGUUUGCUUCCAUUUCACUUCCCGUGCUCCUCCUCCUUCCGAACUCCCUGGAGAAUGCUUUCAUUCUUUACCCGUGCUCUACCGCCGAUAUCACCUUCAUUUUCUGAGGCCCUGGAACAACAUCCGGUGCGGAAUCACCACAUUUUGGUUCCUUUUCUCUUUUGAAUGUCGUUUUACGCUCUUAUGCCAAGUUCCACUUCGAGUGACUCAUGUACUGCUUUUGCUCUUUUUGCCACCUUAUCUCCACUCUCUUUACUUUGUCUUUUGGUCGAUUUUCAACCCCACAGCUUUGUUAUUAAUUUAUCUUAUUGUUGGAUGGGAAAACAAUGCUUCUAUUUCGACUACCUAUCUAGUUGAAAUUCCAUAGUAUGACCCAGUUCAUGGGUAAUUUGCGGGU